AUGAAAUGGAUUCCAAAGCAACUGUUACACUCGUUUCCAAACGUAGAAAUACUGCAUCUGGAAAAUCUACAAACUAAAACCGUUAAGUCGGAAGCUUUGCGUAACGGUACCAGGAUCAAACGGUUGUACCUCGGCAAAAAUAAUAUCGAAGCUCUGGAUGAUGAUGUGUUCGAUGGUCUUCAUUCGGUGGAGCAUAUAUCUCUUGCCGAAAAUCGACUUGCUGCCCUACCGCCAACCUUAUUCCAGCAAACGCGCAAACUGAAGACACUCACAGUUGCUGGUAACAAUUUGGAACGAAUCGAAGAUGGGACUUUUCAGUUGACAACCGAACUCAAGUACGUUAACAUUUCCAACAAUAAAGUUAACUUCUUCAGAUUGGCUCUGAUUCCAAGCCUUCUUGACAUCGACGUGAGUUACAACAAGCUUGAGGAGGUGGCCUUGUCACAGAGAGUCCAAUAUCUGAAUGCAUCACACAAUCUAAUCGGAAUCGUGACCGGAUUCAGCCGAAUGUUGAGGGUACUCGAUCUGACGUCCAACAACAUUCAACAAACUCGUUGGGUCCAACAGUUUCCAGGGCUGGUCGAGCUUUACCUUUCGCACAACCAAUUGCAAGAAAUAGAGUCCGAGCCAUUUUUGCAGCUAGAACGUCUGCAAAUCUUACUACUGAACAACAACCAACUGUUCACCGUCGAUACUUCGAUGGACCUGCCGAUGCUGAGAGUGUUCGAUCUAUCGCACAACAAUUUGGUAAAUCUUGACAAUACGGCAUACCACCUGAAUAAGCUUGAAUCGCUUUCACUCGAUCAUAAUUCGUUGGUGAUGAUUACACCAAGGGUCAAGAACAACCAGAUACGCAUUUCACUCGCUUCUAAUGAUUGGGAUUGUGAAAAUUUGCGGACACUUACAUCGGCCCUGUCUAAAACUGCCAUCAAAGAUCGAGAUGAAAAUUGCGCUACACCGUACGAAGAGAUCGGAGGCAUUUGCUGCCGACAAAACGCGGGAACUCCGUAUUUGGAAAGACUUCUAGAAAUAAACAAAGAAUCCCGUAAAUGCGAGGUGGAUCUACCGACAACUGCCACAACGAGGGGAAUCCCACCAGAUAAGGAGCUGAACGAAUCUUAA